UUUUUGGGUGCAUUCACACGCUCCCUCGGGCAUGAUGCUCAAGAUGCUGCCGUUUAAGCUGCUGCUGGUGGCCGUGGUUCUGUGCUUCUUCGAGGGGGAUGCCAAGUUUGGGGAGAGCGGGGCCCGAAGGAGAAGGUGCCUCAACGGGACCCCGCCGAGGCGGUUGAAAAAGCGAGACCGGCGGGUGCUAUCACCGGAGGCCCCGGGCAGCGGGGAGGCGAUGUGCCGCGGCCUCUACCCCCGCCUGUCCUGCUGCUCUCGCACUGACGCACAGGGGCUGCUGCACGCCGAGGCGAAGAUACUUUCUGUUACCAACAACACAGAAUGUGCGAAGCUACUGGAAGAAAUCAAAUGUGCACACUGCUCACCUCAUGCUCAGAACCUAUUCCACUCACCUGAGAAAGGGGAAACACCUGAAAGAGAGUUAACUCUUCCCUACUUGUGCAAAGACUAUUGUAAAGAAUUCUAUUAUACUUGCAGAGGUCAUAUACCAGGUUUUCUCCAAACUACAGCUGAUGAGUUUUGCUUUUACUAUGCAAGAAAAGAUGGUGGUGUAUGCUUUCCAGAUUUUCCAAGAAAACAAAUCCGAGGGCCAGCUUCUAACUCCCUGGACCACAUGGAAGAAUAUGACAAAGAAGAAGAGAUCAGCAGAAAACACAAGCACAACUGCUUCUGUAUUCAGGAGGUUGUGAGUGGACUAAGACAGCCUGUUGGAGCAGUACAUUGUGGGGAUGGAUCCCAUCGCCUAUUUAUUCUUGAGAAAGAAGGAUAUGUGAAGAUUUUCACUCCUGAAGGAGACAUCGUCAAGGAACCUUUUUUGGAUAUACACAAGCUCGUUCAAAGUGGAAUCAAGGGAGGAGAUGAAAGAGGACUGUUAAGCCUUGCAUUCCAUCCCAAUUACAAGAAAAAUGGAAAGCUGUAUGUGUCUUAUACCACCAACCAAGAACGGUGGGCUAUUGGACCUCAUGACCACAUCCUUAGGGUCGUAGAAUACACAGUAUCCAGGAAAAAUCCACACCAAGUUGAUAUGAGAACAGCAAGAGUGUUUUUAGAAGUAGCAGAACUACAUCGAAAACACCUAGGAGGACAGCUUCUGUUUGGCCCUGAUGGUUACCUAUAUAUUUUUCUUGGAGAUGGCAUGAUCACUCUAGAUGAUAUGGAGGAGAUGGACGGUUUAAGCGAUUUUACAGGUUCGGUAUUGCGCCUCGACGUAAAUACUGAUCUGUGCAAUGUCCCUUAUUCCAUACCACGAAGCAACCCACAUUUUAAUAGCACAAACCAGCCUCCUGAGAUUUUUGCACAUGGACUCCACAAUCCAGGCCGAUGUGCUGUUGACCGCCAUCCAACUGGUGUAAACAUCAAUUUAACUAUACUUUGCUCAGAUUCAAAUGGAAAGAACAGAUCUUCAGCAAGAAUCUUGCAAAUAAUAAAGGGUAAAGACUAUGAAAGUGAGCCUUCACUUUUAGAAUUCAAACCAUUCAGCAGUGGAUCAUUGGUUGGUGGAUUUGUCUAUCGAGGCUGCCAGUCUGAAAGACUCUAUGGAAGUUACGUAUUUGGAGACCGCAAUGGAAAUUUUUUAACACUGCAACAGAGUCCUGCAACCAAACAGUGGCAAGAGAAACCCCUCUGCCUUGGCAACAGUGGUUCAUGUAGAGGUUUCUUUUCAGGCCCUGUCUUGGGAUUUGGCGAAGACGAAUUAGGUGAGGUUUACAUAUUAUCAAGCAGUAAAAGUAUGACACAACCUCACAGCGGAAAACUCUACAAGAUAAUUGACCCAAAAAGGCCUUUGGUCCCCGAAGAAUGCAAAAGAGCAGCUCAGCCUGCACAGAUACUGACAUCUGAAUGCUCACGGCAUUGUCGGAACGGGCACUGUACUCCCACAGGAAAAUGUUGCUGUAAUCAAGGCUGGGAAGGAGAAUUCUGCAGAACUGCAAAAUGUGAUCCAGCCUGUCGACAUGGAGGUGUCUGUGUAAGGCCUAAUAAAUGCUUAUGUAAAAAAGGCUAUCUCGGCCCCCAGUGUGAACAAGUGGAUAGAAACAUCCGAAGAGUGACAAGGGCAGGUAUUCUUGAUCAAAUCCUAGACAUGACAUCCUAUUUGCUGGAUCUAACCAGCUAUAUUGUAUAGUUUCUGGGACUGUUUGGAAACUACACUUCCAAUGGGCAUUUGUUUUGAAUCCUGUCAUUUUUAAGAGACUGUUGUCCUGCAACAAAUACCAGUGAUUUGAUUUACUUUAUUAAUUUAAGUAUAAUAUCCACAAAUGUGCAGAUAAAUUCUUUGUAUGUGUGUAAAUAUUCCUGUAUUGUCUCCACAGACGUACCGAUACCCAAUACAUGCACACGUACACAUGCACGCAGUAUCACAAAUACGGUUUUGCAGCUAGUGGAAUUUUUUUUUUAAUAUUUAUUUCUUCAGGAGAAAUGGUUUACAGAGUAAUUCCGCUGUAAACCACAUUUUCAUCGAAGGACUUUCAUGAUGUCUUAAUGGAGUCUUUGACAUCCCAGAAAUCUCGUCUCUAUAUCUAAUUACAGCAAUAAGAGAGCAGUUUUUCAAACGUCGCGGUAUAAAUGGCUGGACUUAAAAUCCAGUUGUAACAGUUUCUAAGGUGAACUGAACCACAUCACGAGACAAUAUUUCAGAACUCCGUAAUGCAUUCCUAUCUAGGCAAUUCAUUGUAAGUCUAUAACCUUCACCUUCAUCAAUGUAACUUUAUUACAGAACGUUACGUAUUUCUUUAUCUAGCAUAGAUGCAAAAGUCUGGUUAUCGCAGCUUAAUAUGAAGUUUGUUUCAAGUGUUUAAUAAUUAAAUUAUAUUCGCAUAUUUCAAAACCGGUCAUCCUAGAAGGUCUGCUUUUUAUCAUAUAUUUUAUUUAACAAUGGGCACUGGGUUCGUGUUACAUAUUUAUAUUAUUUUAUUUUAUUUUUAUAAUAUAGACAUCACCUAGAUGAGCCAGCUUUACCAUGUCCUGUAAAAUACUAAAGUUACAUUUUUCACCAUCUUAAUUGGAAAGACGGGGAAAGAGAGAGCAAACACGCUCUUUAAUGUGUUGUGGAUCUGAUCUAGAAAUGUAUCCUUGUGUCAACUUGUAUUCAUUUCCGACAGAUGAAAAAACUAACCACCAACCAAUCAUAAUAAAAUUCCAGCAUAUGUUAAAAGUGUUUUUAAAGUGAUUUUCACUGUAACAGGACAGUCAGAUUAUAAAAAAGUAGACUUCUGCCGAUUUAACACUGAACGGAACGUCCCUGGAUGACAGCUCGUGUGAGCACGUUGGCUGUGUAAGAUGUCACUUGUACAAAAUAUAUAACGAGUCUCGACACACGUGGUUCUAAAUAUAAAAUGUUACUUGGAGAGCUAACGUAAAAUUGAGUCUUUGUAAAUGUAUCAAUAAAUAUGGUGUACAUGCUCUAGUCAGGUUUUCAAAAGUAUUAAUACUCUAAUUAGAUGUAUCUUCAGAACUGUUGCUGUCUUAUCUCCAGCUCCACGGCAUUGUUGGCAGUUUCUUUGCUCGCUGCUUACCAACUAUCAGAUUUCCUUUGCACUACCUGGCUUGUAUGAAAACUCAGCUAUGAAAAGAAAGCAGAGUAGCCACCCUGUGCACAUCCCAUGGUUCUUAUAAGCAGCUGCACAUGCUUUUAUGAUUUACCACAUUUUAGGCAAUAAGAUCUAAAAGACUUUAGCCAUAUUACUCCAGUAGCAAAAUUACCUCUCCAGGGCAGCGACAUGCAACAAAUUUUCCCUUAGAGAAAGCUGUCGGUCUUCAUUUAGGAAGUAUGAAAUCUGUAAGUACAGCAUGCCUGAUAACUUGCAUUUCUCUGCCUUGCACAUUGUAGCUCAGAGAAACAGAAAAUUACAUUCACCUUCCAUAUAGGUUUUCCUGGGUUUCGAGUGACCUCAUGCCAAAUGGAAAUUGGUUGAGAAAUCUUGGUUAAGUGCUCAGCGAACAAUGGUCUGCAUUAAAAAGUGCAUGCAUAAUUUUGCACAAUGUAGAUUCAACUGACAUUCCAUUGAAAGACGUCUUGGGAUUAAAUGAGCAUGAAGACCAAAUUGCCCUCUCACCCUAGAAAAGGGUGGUCCCUUAUAGUCACACGAACACUUCAUUGGCUAAGCAGUGUGACCAAUCUUAAAAUGAACUCUGCGGUAGCAUCUGUAGGUUAAUAGCAGCUCUUUGUCUCCGCUGCUUUCUGCCUUUAGUCUUUUCCCUGGAUUCCAUCACAAAAAGUUUUACAAUUAAAAAAUGUCCUGACAACCAUUUUUGUAAAUUGACCUUAGCAUCUAAUCUUUCCUUAUUCAACCUGGGUAACAAAAAUGUGAACCUCUCAUGAAUGAACCAGCUGUCUAAAUCUGUCAAAUAGCAGAGUUUUAUUACACUCUUCAUAAUCAGCAAAGCAAGAAAGUCACUGAAGUAUUUUAGCAACAUUUAAAUGUCUGACAGAGAUAACAUCUUUAACACCUUCUUCAAUGAGAGCUAUUUAAAACUAAACCAAACUUUAGGUCCACUGUGACUGACAUAUUGUUUUCAACAACCAGGUGGGGAGCUUUGAUAGUUCUUUUCUCACUACUUAGUUCCCAAAGACUUAAAAAACACCAUGAAUGGUACCUAAAUCAAAGAUCCCCAGUGAUAUGGAUGCUAUAGUCAUGUCAGGAAGGGAUAACAAUGAUCUUGGAGUUUUUAUCUUAAUAAGACUGUUCACUAGGGAAACCAGAAAAUAAAACUCCAGUAAAAGCUAAGAAUGAAAUCCAGGCCUCGUGCAAAUCAGCAGCAAAAAAACCCUCACAUCAGCUGUGCUGCACCUAGAAAAUUGUUUUCAAAAUUUAAGGAAAGUUCUUCAUUUUUUUUUUUUAAAUCUGUUUAUGUCAUUCCAUCAAAACUUCAAAACUAAGAACUAAUCUAAGUGAAGAUUAGAGGGAGAGUGGAGAUAGAUUGUGCUGCGUUUUGCUUCAUUUUUAAAUCAUCUUUUAUAUCAUAUGAAAGCAAGCAUCUGCAUUAAGCCUACAUGGGCAUACAGGAAGUCCCAGUGGAAAAGAAGUAUUCACAAAAAAAAAAAAAGGACACAAAAAAUCCUAGCUGCUUAUUUAUCAAAAGAAAUUAUACCAUUAAAAAGAGUAAGUAAACCCCAGGCCUAGCCACCCAAGAUGCUAAUAUAAAAAGGGCAACUGCAGUAAUUGCCCUGAGAAUUGGCAUACAAAAAAAAAAAAAAGUCUGUAGAAAGCUCAUUGCCAGUUAGGUCAUUCUGCAGCCAUUCUCUCACACAACCUCCAAGAGUGUCCCAGAAUAAAACUGAGCUUAUAAAUGAAACUAGAUAAAUGAGGCAAUUAGAUAAGGGCCUCCAGAAGGGAUUUUAUGUAUGUGUUUGAGUUGUCUCUGUCUCUCUCUCUCUCUGCCCUAAUCUUUUAUGCCAUUCAUUUCUUCCUUUAUUUGGAGAUACUGCCUCUCUGUUCCCAACACAUUAUACAUUUCAGGCUUUCUACUGUUAGAACAAACAUACCUGUUGCAAGAAACAUAACUCUGUUCCUGAUGUCUUCUAGGUUUCAGCCUUUGUUUUAUUAUUUUGGGACAGAAACCCUUAAUCUUUCUCUUUUUAACUGCCACUGAUCAGAAAGAAAGCACGUUAUUGCAAUAUGAGGAGAAACGUCUUUACUCCGUAGAAAGCAAGGAGAAAAAAGAUACUAUGUAGAAUCAGCUCAAAAUUGUUUCGCUCCAUUUCAGAAAAAGUUAACUCAUUUUUCUAAUGCGUCCAUUAAGAAAUAUUAACCCAAAGCCUCCCUCUCAGGACAAAUUUCUUCCUUUAAUAGUCAGCAACACAGCUGCAAACCCUUUGUACAUUUAAAUCCUCACAGGUUAUUCUAUUUCAUGCAAACAAAGUAUAAGUUAGAAUAAAUAAGAGUAUAAACUCUAUAGUGACAACAUGACUCCUCUGUUUAUCUCCUUCUCUCAUUAACUUCUCCACAUUUUGGCUUUGCAGCUUCUUUGUUUCUAGAAUGACAGGAAACAUCAAUAGUCCCUGGGUGCUGCAGGUGAUGCUUAUUAUUUUUUAAACUGCCUAAUAGAUGUGUGCAGCAAAGAGACUUCCCAGCAGGCUAAGGCUUUUAUCUUUUUAUCAUUUCACCAAACUGUGUUAUUUUAUAGUAACUUCUAAUACUGUAUCUUAGAUGGACAUUUAGAGUUCAGGGAUACUAGCCUCAAGCAGCUCAGCCUCAGGCUGUGAAGCUCAGCCACAGAUAGACUGAAGUUGGAGGAAAAGAGAAAGGACUUGGUCACUAUACAGUCACUAUGCUUACCAGAAAGUUACUAAUUUCAAUUCAACAACAGAAGCCUCAAGUAAAAGGCAGAACAAUAUUGAUGAAAUGCUUUUCAGUAUAUACUUUCUCUGAUUCGGGGUUAGAAACAAGUACAUUUUCAAGUACAAAUAUGCAAAAUGGAGAUUCUGAAAAUGCAAACAAGUAAUUUUUCACAGGGCUAAAGUCCCAUUAAGGUGAAAAUAAAUAGCGUACAUGUAAUUCUAUUUGCAUCCAUGAAAUAGGCAUUUAUAACAUUGGGUCAGCCUGGAAAAAACAACUCUGAGGACAUCCUGCUCUACUUAUUUUUCCUUAAUUAGGUAAAUCCUUUAAAAGAAAAUAAUGCAUUUUACCUUACAAGUCUUUAGUUUAACUGUGUAUCAGUUUAAUUAGGAAUGGUACCAUUUUGAUCUUCUGUCCAACUGAAUAGGUGAUCUUUGUCUCAGAAAAAAAAAACCAGAAGGAAAAAACAGACGGGAGCCACAAAGUAAAGAAUUUAGAUUUAUUCUAAUCUAUAUUUCCAGAAAAUAUGUACCAAAUAACCUUAACUUGGGCUAAAAAAAAAUAUAUAAAUAUUUCAACAAGUAGUUUCAGGGCAAAAUAUUGUAGAUAUGUUGGAAAAAUUAAGGCUCUUUUGCUAAAAAGGUCAUUGUUUUCAACAGCAGAGUAAUUCAGUGAAAUAAGACACAUGUACUUUAUGGGAUAUAGGUGUGAAACUGCAGAAGCCACCUGAAAGUUUAAUACAGGAUUACCUUAAUCUUUGAGGGCCUGACUCGAAGUCUGUUGAUGUCAACUGAAAAUCUCCUUUUGACUUCAUUAGUUAUAGGAUUAAUUCCUUGAAAUAUAUCCACUUAGCUGGCAGAAGAUCUGAACUUCAGACACAUGACCUCUCCAUGUCUGCAUCGGCAGUUGUUAGACACACCAAGGUUUUCUGGAAUAAAACUGCAGUUUCAGCCCUGCAAAAAAAACCGUACAGAGCAUAAAGAUUCUGUAGAGGGUAUACUCAAUCUUGCGUUUCCUCAGAGGUAUUGCCCACAUGUAUACAAGGGGUCUAUUAAAUCUGCCAGAUUUGUUGAUACUUUGUUUUUAAAUGCUGAGCAAUUUAGCUCACUUUUUUUUCUCUUUCACACAUACAUAGUUACUUCAAACGUGUAAGCCACUACACAAGAAAGUAAUUAAGAUACCAGAUCGCUAGCCCCACUUAUGAAAUAGCCAUGGUAAGACGGGGCCCAAAGUUGCUCACAAAUGUCCACAGAAACGUUCCAUCAACUGUUUUAAGUCCAUUAUUACAAAGGCUGAAUUCAGCAGCAUUAGGCACAUUUUCAAACCUUUCUUCCUGUAUUUCACAGGAAUCGUGUAUUAUAUUCAUCAAGACAACAGCGUAAUUCAAAAGUGUUGUUGUCACCUUUGGUAAUAAGACUAGUAAGACUGAAGGAGACGAGACUCGGUACUGAAAUCACAGGUGUAAGCAGUUACGAGGUGGGACAUUAGCAGGCAUUCUAUAGACACAUGUGAGGCAAAGGGAUAACCUCCUGUCUUUGGAGUCAUUGAUUUCAGUUACAACUCUGCACACAGAAUUUAUCAUGCUAUAAAAUGCACAACAUCCAGUCUUAGCACAGCAAUUAAUUCUGCAUGGAUUUACACUGGGCAGCCUGACUAAUCAGGCAAUAUUAAUGCCUUAUCUCGGAAAACAGAAACAUUGCUAGUUUAUAGCACUGUACAAGUGGUUCAACUGACACAUCACUCGUGAGAUGUAUAAUAAUUACUCAUUUGGUCUAUAUUUUAGCAAAGGAUUAUUAUGUUGUCCCAUAACCCAAAGAAAACUUCCAUAGGCUUCCACAGGAAAUUUUUCUUCACGUUGUACUGUACAGUUUGAUCUGAAAGCCAAGCGAUAUGCUUACCAGAGCUCUCAGUUCUGAAAAUAUUUCAUUCUAGUGAUCAUUUCAUGCUAGAGAAAUUCAGAAAAAAACUACUAUUCUAUGUUACUUAUAUUUAACAUAUACCUGUUGUCUACUGUACACACACUGGCUUUCAUAAUCAAAAAUGUCAGAAAGUAUUGCUAAGAAUGUGCAAAGCCAGCCGCAUUAUUGGAGGAGAGCUUGAUUUCUGCUAAUAAAAAACAGCUUUUCAUAUCUUAGAAGUGAUCAGUAGGGUUCUGUGUAUCAUAUAGUUCCGUUCCUUUUACAGUCUAUGAAAUUCUCCUAUUUAUUUUCAUUUUGCAAUGAAAACAAAAGGGGAAAUAUUUAAAUGAAGAAUUGCUUAAAUUACCAUGAAAUUUCAGAAAGAAGGUGCUGACUAAAACAUGUGAAUAUUUGAAUAUGAAUGGCUGUGUUCCUAAUAUUCUUGGGUGGGGAGAAGGCAGAGAAAACAGGCUGUUUUGGAGGGCUUUGUUUAAUGUACGACACAUUUUGCUGUAGGACAAGAAGGGGGGUUCCAUCACAAGACAAUAACAAACAAACCCCAUUUUGUGAAUGUUCCUAGGGGGAGCCACUGAAAGGAAAAUGUUCUAGGCAGAUUCAAAACUGGUGUGCAGAAUGAGCAUAUUAAGAUAUACUGAGACCAGAAACCAUUUGGUAUUAAGUCACCAGAUGUAUCUUGUAGUGAUCUCCAUUAAUACCAGAAGCAGUAACCCUAUCCUGUGAAUUAUCCAGAAAUGCUAUUAGAUGUCCCCCACAAAAUAUACUGAAGAAUUAGAACUUCAAUUCCCUUUUGAGAACAAUUAGAUUGUAAUGGGAGCCAAGCACAAACGGAAAUAACUAAAUUCUGUCACUUGAGAACAUUACCAUUGUGAUAUUCCUCUGUUCAAUGAGUUUUAUGUUAUAGUUGUUGUCAGGUACUGUAUGUACAUUUGAAAUGUGGGGAAAUAGCUUAGAAAUAUCCUUCAAACUACGUUUAAGUAUCUUCUAUAAACUGUAUUAUACUACUAAGCAUAUCCUGGCACCAAUCUAGCAGAGCACUGGAGCACACAAGUAAUUUUAAGCAUAUGAGUUUCACUGAAGUCAUGUGCUUAACAUUAAUAUAAUUAAGUGCUUUCUUGGUUUGAGACCUUACAAGUCUUUGCAAGUCUGCCUACGCAGACUACAUAUGCUAUACGUGUAUUUCUCUUUAAAGAGACAGCAUGGCUGAAGUUCACAACAGGAGAGUUCAGUGACUGUCUGCCACAAAUUCUACAUAGACUGAAAUAAUUGCGUCUUUGUGCCUCCACUUUCCACCUGAAAAUUAGUGAAGCCAAUCCUUGUAAAGCGCUUUGAGCUCUUAAAAUGGAAAGUGCUAUAAAAACUACAAAUUAUUAUUAUAUUAAUGAACACCAUGUAUGUAUACACACUAUUAUGUAAUAUAUAAUAUAUGUAUAAUGCAUAUAAAGUCUAACAAAUGUAUUUGUGUAAUAUCUGAGAAAUGAAACAGUUGUAUCUGGAAGUGAUAAAUGCAUAGAGUUGGAUUUAUUGUUAAUCUGUGGAUUUAAUGAUUUUUUUAGACAAAAGGAUGUUUAAGUAUAUAAUUGCUUUUCUUAAUUUAAUAUAUUUAUGUAAAUGCAUGCAUGAAGUUCUCGAUAGAUAGUUAUU